CCCCGAAAGGUGUCUCGCACCCAGUUUAUUAAGAACACCGGACUAAAUUAAGAAAAACUUAAUUUCCUAACGUUAUUGCCAGUUUAAUUACUUCAAUAUGUAACGAAAUCGUCAAUUCUAUAUAGCGACACGUCAGAAAUACUUUAUUUUCCGUUUGUAUCAGGAUGUUAUGCCCAAAAUAUUUAUAUUAAUUUAAUAAACAAAGAGCAACGAAUUGCUGUAUUCUUAUUCGCGAAUUUUCGAACCUUCUAGUAAAAAAUAAAAAAAAAGUAAGGCAACGUAGGCAUUUUGUGGCAACUCAUUGUUUACGUAAGGUGGACGUGGCGGCAGGAAAGUCGUAAAAUCGUUGGAUUAAUUGAACUUGGCGGAAUAUUAUAAGCGGGGUUUGUUACAUUCUGGUUAUUUUAUUUUCUGUUCGGGUAGUAAAACGAUAUCGUUCGAUGAAGCGAGUUUUGGUUUUGAUCGUUCGAAGGUCGGGCGAAACGACCUUUGGAACCGACUCGUUAAUAUCAUACUUUUCUUCUAUCGUAUUUUGAAAGCGAUAAAAUCUUUUCCGUAGAUCCAAGAGCUAUUAAUACAAUGUUGUUAUUGUUAUCUUCGGAACAAACUCGAGUUUAACAAUAAGAAAAAGAUUUUUCAAGUUCAUCCCGAUAUAAAAAGAAUUGUUCUCUCGUAAUUGUGUCGUUUUACAGGAAACGGAUGGCCGUUUUCCUCACCGAGCCGUUUGUAGACGUGCCACAUUCUCGUAUGCGAUAAUAAAUCCGAAUCGAUGUCUAAGUGGCAAAAUUCUUUGCCUUUUUAUCUAUAGGUUGGGCGUAAACUUCUGGUUACGGAUAAUUCUCCACGCGAAUUUCUAGUUAUAGUUACGUACGAAAGUAAUUCCGAAAAAUCUGGCAGGUAAUACGCGUCAGAAUUACUUACGAUAAGCGUGGAAAAUUCUAAAUAUACGAUAAAGAUUAAACGAUAUUAUAAUUGGGGAAAUUUGGCAAUAAUUAUCUCCGUCCUAUUCAUCACACGUAUAGACUUCUAUAAAGUUUAUAUAUGCGCGUUAAGUGUUUACGCCUAUUUCGUACGCAUAUACGACGUUUCGAGUGUUUAUAUUUACAUGUAACACACGUCACGAGAUGUAUUUUUUUGCGUCAUUUCGUAAAAAUUACGAUAAACAUAAUGUGAUAGGGCAUUAUAGAUUCGGACGAUUUUACCUCUACUGACCGGCCUUUACUGCCUCUACUGCCUUUGACUAACGUGCGACACGAAUUGCGUGGGAUCCACCAGUCUAUUUAACGACAUGAAUUAUCUUUUUAAUUUUAUAUUGUUUUACGGCACUGUAAAUUUAUUUUUGAUAAGGUUUAAACGUCGAAAUUAUCAAAAAAUAUAGAGAUUCGUUGCUCGAUAUCCGAAGCAACCGUCUUCAGGAGAUCCUGCGGUUUAAGCGCCAUGCGUCCCGUGCCGUCCAGUUCGCCCAUUUACGGUGGACUGGAGUUGAGUUUGGAGGUGGACGUUCGAGGCUCGAAUUACGAUCCGAUUCACUCGCAGUUCUAUCUAGUGUACACGGGGUCCAAGGUGCGACACGUGACGCCGGCUACGUACACCGCGGCCAAAGACGGCUCGACUCUUCGAGGCAUCGUACCGGGUCAUAAUGAACCAGAAACUGUUCAAUUGGAUGCAUUUAUACAAAUUAGCAAUAAGUUAAAAUGUAUUGCUUCUUGUAAUUUCGAUUAUAUUUCUGAUACAAUAUAUCAGAUUGCCAAAAUGCUUACUGAUGGAGUUGACAAUGAAAAUAUGUGGAAGAAAGUUGAAUAUUUAUGUAAAGAAUAUAUGGACACUACAUCAGUUUCAAAGUCGGAAAUGGAUUUGUGCCUGACGGCUGCCAUUAAAUCACUACAUUUACCCGUUUCUUGGAGUUAUGCUAGAAACAGUAUUGAAGAUUUUACUGUUCCCAACGACACAUUAUUCCAUUUAGUUGCAUGUCUUGGAUUUGAAAAGCUGGCUCUGUACUUACUGACCAUACCAAAUAAUCAUUUUGCAUUACAGAUGGUAAACCACAAUGGUUAUCUACCAGAACAAGUUGCAUAUAAUAAACAAUUUUCUGAAUUAGCAAAUCUACUAAGAAUGCAUAGAAAAGAGAAUUCUGAAAACUGCAUGUUUGAUAGAAUCGAAGAAGAAAAUAUAUAUUCUCCUGUUGUAUCUUGUUGUCUUAGUUGGAGCAACAGAGAUAUAGAUUAUGAUAUUGCAGAAUUAGAAAGAUUAAUGUCAAAUAAAAGAAACAGAGUCGAAAUGUCUAGAAUAUUGAAGCCAAAUAACAACCAAACUGAAAUAGAACAAAAAAGUCAAAUACCAACCAUAUUGGAAAAUUUUCAAUCCAUUAAAAGUUAUCAUUGUCCAAAGAUAAUUCCAGCCGUUGGCAUGACCUCGCAUUCACCUCCUAAACGGAAAAGUAUCGUAUUAGAGGACAACCUGCGACGCCUGCACGACAUCCACGAGGGCAUCCAGCGACUUCGUCGACUCGACACCCGCGACAUGCUGCUGCAGGGAUGGCAUAAGGAGGGUCGAAGUAGAUUGAGCAGCUCUUGUCCUUCCCUUCCUCUCGUGGCCGAUAAUACGGGAAACGGUAAUAAUAAUAAUGAAAGGUUUCUAAGAGAAGAAAGGAUAAAUGUUUCGACUGCAACAAUAUGUGAUUUACCUCAGAGAAAAAGAACAUUUUCUUCAAAUUCUGGUGCUAAUGGAUGUAAAGUUCAAGAAGGGAAAACGAUGGAUAACACGGUGAAGAUUCGUGUCAACGACAUCACCCCGUCGAAUUCUCAAGAGUUUUUAAAUACGGAUGUUAAUGUAGACGGCGACAGGAAACAUUCCCUCGGCAGUUUGCCUGCUGACGUGCAGAUCAAAGGACGGGGAAGCCAUAUAGGAGGAACUUCGGCUCAGAGAUGCGCCCGAAAAGCCGGUUACAAGGAAUUAGUUAGACGGCAGAGUUGGUCUUCCCUUCUGUCUAAUACGCAAAAUAAUGCAAAAGAAGAAAAUCUCCACAUUCAUAAAAGUUGGAGUCUAAGCAGUCUGGAAUCUGACACGGAUGACAAUACGUUUUAUGAUGCACGAGAUCUUCCAUUAUCUCCCACACAUACUUGUUUACCUUCUUCUACUAAUGGAGUAGUAUCAUCUAGUAAUGAUAGUUUGAAGGAGAAACAACGUAGCUUUUCAGCUGGUAGUGGUGACGAUGUCUUUCGUUCACUUGUCGGCGAUAGAGGAACUAUGGCCGUUCACAGUUUGACAGAUAUUAAUUCUGAUGUUCAUUCUUGUACAGAAGACGAAACUAUGGGUGCAAAUAACCUGAUAGGCUGUUCCGAUACAAAUGCAUGGCUAUCAGCACCAAGAACCCCUUUACAGAAAUCUGUAUCGACACCUUCCAUCUUAAUUGCUCAAGAAAUCCAAGAGAAAAAUCAUCGGGAAUGUAAUAGAGAUAGUUUGUUCAGUAGUCAGUCUUUUCAACUUCACGAAAUUGAUGACGAUGAUGAUGAUGCAAACUUAGUUUUAGAAGAGGACGAUGAGCCUGAUGAAAUGCCAAACAUUUUAUCAAGGCAUAUAUCUCUUGCUGGUAUAUUUAGGGACCACAGUUCUUUGGUACAAGAUAGCGACGAGGAUAAACCUUUUCGGAAAAGAAGAAAGCGCGGAAGUCUCUUUUUUAGGAAAAAAAGAGGUAAAGAUAAGGAGAAAGAAACGAAAAAAACUCCACAUCAAUUUGUAUCAAUCUGUUAUAGUACAGCUGCCGUAUGUGAUGUUUGUAACAAACAAUUAGCUAAUAAAAAUGCCUUGAGAUGCGAAAAUUGCCUCGUUACAGUUCAUGAAAGUUCCUGUAAGGAUCAGAUUCUUGACUGCAGCAAAUUUAAAAGUCCAAAAUUACCUCCCAAAAAUAAUUCUUUAUCUCUGUCAAAAGAUCAAUUAAAUACAAAAUUACAAGUUUCACAUGGUCGCAUUCCUUAUUAUCCUUGUCGUUAUCAACAUCUUUUAGGAUCACUUAAUCCAACCGUAACUAACUUAGGGAAUAAUAAACAUCAUUCAAGCAGCCUGAGUAGUAAAGAAAAGAAACAAGGAUUGAUAUCUGUAAAUAAAUUUCAAUCACAACCAAAUGCAGGAAACAGCAAUUCUCCAACACUGGAAACAUCUGGUAAAAUUGUAAUAAAUUCAACAAGUGCACUGCGUAGACCUUACACUCCUAGUGGUUACUCCCAGUGGCGGCGGGUGGCCACAAAAUUAGGGGUCAACAAAGUUAUUUCGGAAGAAAAAGAAUGUGAACCGAUUGAAGAUACAUGUUCUAGCAAUAUCACAGAUGUUAAUUCGGCUUCCAUGGAAUCUCUAGACGAAGGUGCGCAAGAAAUCAGUGAUUUAGAUGAUGAUCCACAACAUAUAGUUAUGGAUGAAGAAUCGGAGUCGUGGAGCACGACAAUUGAUAAAAAAGUUUUGAAAAAAUUGAAAGAUAAAGAAAUCAAAAGGCAAGAAGGAAUUCAUGAACUAAUUCUUACAGAGAAAAACCAUUGUAUAACAUUAAAGAUAAUGCAAAAGAUUUAUGCAUCUGGCAUGAUCAAGGAACUCAAUAUGAGCAAAGACUUAGUCGAACGCAUUCUUCCCAGUAUAGAAGAAUUACUAGAUGUUCAUUUAAACUUUUUAUAUAAACUAAAGGAGAGGCAACAAAAAGGAUGCAUUAUUGAAAAUGUUGGCGAUAUUUUGGUUCAGCAGUUUCAAGGAGAAAUGGCAGAGCAGAUGAAAUCUGCCUAUGGCCAUUUUUGCAGUCAGCAUAAAGAUGCAUUAUCUCUAUAUAAAGACAUUUCGAAAUCAGAUAGAAAAUUUCAGAAUUUUAUAAAGAGAUACAAGUUAAAGCCCACUUUUAGAGGCAGAUCGAUUCCCGAAUGCAUUCUUCUAGUCACCCAGCGGAUUACAAAAUAUCCUCUAGUUAUAGAAAAUUUAAUAAAAUUGACUAAGGAUAAUAAAAAGGAAUUUGAAGAAUUGACUCAGGCACUAAAUUUAAUAAAGGAAAUAAUACAUCACGUUGAUGCUCAAGUAGCCGAAAAGGACAAAGAACAGAGAUUGUUAGAAAUUUAUAAUAAAGUGGAUGCAAAGUCUACAGCUUUCUAUAAAGGAAAAAAAUUUAGAAAAUCGGAUCUGUUUUCAAAUAAUCGGAAGUUAGUUCAUGAAGGUCCUCUCUCUUGGAGACUGAGUGGAAAAUCAAAUGGAAAAACUUCAGAAGUUAUUGGAGUUUUACUUUCUGAUGUGAUGCUUUUUCUACAAGAGAACAAUCAAAAGUAUUGCUUUGCUUCCAUAGACAAUAAGUCUGGAAUUUUGUCACUUCAAAAACUUCUAGUAAGAGACAAAGCUGGUCAAGACAAUCGCAUCGUUUAUUUGAUAUCCUCAAAUCCCAAAGAACCCGAAAUGUAUGAAAUAAAAUUUCCAACUCAGAAGGAUAAGAAAGUAUGGAUUGGAAAAAUUAAGAAAGCUAUUGAACAUUGUGCAAAUGAAGAUGAAGGUAUUCCAAGCGAAACAGAAGAACAAAAAUUAGAAGAAGCUAAAAGCUCAAAGCUGAAAGAACUAGUUGGACUGUUACAUGACAAAGAUAUAGAAAUUGCUGUUGUAUGUGAAAAGAAAAUGAAAAUAUUAGUUGAUAUCCUGGAACUUUCUGGGAUUGAAGCAGAAUCAUAUGAAAAUGUAAAAUAUACUCAUUUAGUAGAAUCUGAAGAAGGAACUAAUCCUAAAGAAUUAAUGUUGGCUGCUUUAAGUAAUGCCUCUCGUCUGGCAAGUUCUCUCUAUGCUUCCGGUACUAAUUUGAGUAGAAGUGUCAGUAGUGCAGGAGAACAUCAGAGCGAAACUUUCAUAUCGCCGCAGUUACCGAAACGAGCGGAAACAUUCGGCGGCUUCGACAAUCCCAAUAAAGAACAAAACAAUAAUAAUAAAGGAUUAGGAGUGAAGAAAAAAAUACAGCUUCUUAAGGAUCAAGUCGGAAUGAACAUUUCUUCCAUAUCUCUGUCUGCUAAAUCAGAAAUAGAAACCGAAUUGGAAGUUCCAGAUAAUAAGGGAACUGAUGCACAAAGCACACCAACAAUUAUUACUGCUAUUCCAAAAUCAAGAACAGAAAGUCCAGAAAAUCAGAGUCCACCUCAAGGAUCUGUUGCCAGCAAAGAAUUUUUAAGACUGACAACUACACCACUCUUAGUGACUCAAGGAAAAGAACAGUUAGAGGAAAUUGUUGAAUUAUCUCAUAAUGUUAAUACAUUAAUAUGUCUGUUAAGUCAACACUUCUCAAUUGUCGAAAGUAUGCGAGUUCAGUUAAAAGAAGCUAACGAAAAAAUAGCAAAACUAACGGAAGAAAAAGCUCCCCGAGAAAAACGCGAAAGAAGGUCAUUCUACCGGCCGGAACACCAGUUAGAGGAACUGAGGAACCUGCAAGAGAAAUUAACUCAGGAACGAUUACAGUGGCAAAAACAAAGGAUAGAAGAAGAAGCGGAAUUAAACAAAUCAAAAGCAGAAUUAGAAAGACUUCAGGAGCAGAUCAAGUCGGAACAGGCGGAUCUGAAUCACCAGAGAGAGUUGCUGUAUCGGAAGCUGGAAGCCCUUCAGAAGGAAGGGAUCAUCCUCAGCCCCCAACACACGGUGGUCAACCUGGGAGGAGCGGGAAACAAGGAGGAGGCGGCCGCCGUGGAUCCGGUGGCUCAGCAUCGAAGAUCCGUUUCCUUCGACCUGCAGAGGGUGCAGACGCCCGCCGCCAACGGGGAGAACAGGUCCAGACACGAUCCCCGCUUCCAGUCGUCCCACAGCGCUUCCAGCCUGCCCGUGGCCGCGAAGAGGGAAGGGAGCCGCGACCCCGUCCCCCUGCAGCUGCGCAGCGCCACCAACAUGCAGAAGAGACAGGUGGGCCAAGUCCGACAGCAACUUCCGCUCAAGUUGGCCAGCGGCAGUUCGGCGGCCAACGGUCCGGCCCCCGUCCCUCCGCCGCCAUCUUCGGGCCCCGAGGGGACGGGACCGCGAGCUUCUUGUCGGUCGCCCGAAGAGAAAAUCGAAGGGCCUCCCGGCAGUCCCAAGGGUGGCGGCCGGAAGUCGGGCGGAGAGGGAGCGGGGGAGGAAGAGAGGGGUUCCGCUUCCUCGCGGGCGGCGCCCGGAGAUCGAAAUCGACGGGACGGAGACUCCGACCGGGAAAUCUUCUGUUGAGGGGAGGAAGACGGGAAGCUUUCUCCGUUAGACAGACGGACGGGCGGAGGAACGACGGGACGGAGUGGCGGGCCCGAUUCGCUCCGUCCCAAUUUCUCUUUCGCUCCGUUUCGUGUACAUAGACCGUUCCUGUAAAUAACGAAACACGGGCGCGCGUGCCCCGGCCGAGAAGAAGAGAAACCGGCCGCCUUCGCUUCCCCCGUGGGGGGAAAAGGAUCCCGGCUCCCGUCGGCGGGCGGAGGCCCGAAACCGGAAGAACUGGCGCUGUUCGACGAAACGUUCCGGCCCCGAAAAAUUGUGAUACUUCCGGUUUUUUAGAGGGCCGGCGCCUUAGACGCACGCGCCCCUGGUAAAAUCCUUUUCGUUUCUAUCGCACCGCGCACUCUUCGGUUGUUUUUUAAAAGAAUACUCCCGUGAUUCAAUGGUAGCCUCGGAAAUGUAAAUAAUAAUAAUUGCAUCGUGUCGAUAAUUCUGUAAAAAAUUUCUAAAAAAUAAAAAAAUAUUCUAUGUAUAUGUAUAAAUAUAUAUAAUGCGGAAAUAAUUUUGUGAUAUUUAA